AUGGUCUUAAACAGCAACCGGAACGCCUCCUCUCGAUCCUUAAAGCCCAUUUACCUGAAAGCCAUUCCCGUUGAUUUUAAGGCAACUUUUGAAACGCUUUCGAAUCCUUACUGCCCCAAACGCUCUGAAGAUUGUUUGAGUCCUGAACUGCCGGCUUGUAAUAACAGUGAUGGCAAACUCUCCGACGAAGACCAACCCAAGAAGAAGCACCGGAGGAACCGCACCACUUUCACCACCUACCAGCUCCAUGAAUUGGAGCGAGCCUUUGAGAAAUCCCACUACCCUGAUGUGUACAGUCGAGAAGAGCUGGCAAUGAAGGUUAACCUUCCUGAAGUGAGAGUUCAGGUUUGGUUUCAGAACCGGCGAGCCAAGUGGAGAAGGCAGGAGAAACUGGAGGUGACAUCCAUGAAGCUGCAGGAUUCUCCCAUUCUCUCCUUUAAUCGCUCCCCACAGCCUUCCACGAUUGGGACCAUCGGGAGCAAUUUGCCCCUGGAGUCCUGGCUGAACCCUCCCAUGUCCAACAGCAAUCCCCUCCAGACUCUGCCAGGCUUCGUGGCUUCCCCCCAAAGCCUUCCCAACAGCUACACCCCUCCACCUUUCCUAAACUCACCCCCCAUGGGACAUAGCUUGCAACCCCUGGGAACCAUGGGGCCGCCGCCACCCUAUCAAUGUGGCACCAAUUUUGUGGACAAAUUCCCCCUGGAAGAAGUCGACCCUCGCAACACCAGCAUAGCUGCACUGAGGAUGAAAGCAAAGGAGCAUAUCCAGUCCAUCGGGAAGCCAUGGCAGACAAUAUGAACAGGCUGCACCCUUGUCUGUGUGAGUUACAAAGGACCUGUUGCAUCACUGUGGAAAGAGUUCUCAUUGCUUAGAUCUCUGUUGAACAGAUAGGCAGGACUGUUGGCAGUCGUGAAUGAUCUCCAGUAUAGAAAGGACCUGCUGAGCACUACACACCAGAGCUUGAAAGAAUAACUUUUUUUAAAUAUCCAUAGAAUGCCUCAGCCAGCAAUUCUGCAGUUCCCAGCAGGGGAUUAUGGGGGAUGUAGUUACUCCCUCCCCCCAAAAAAAGAGAAAUUAGCUUCCUAUGUUCUGCUAAAGAGGAGUCAUUCUGUCCCCUAACUCUCCAAUUUAGCUCUGCAUUCCUUUCCCGUCAUCAGCACAAGAUUUAGAGUUUGAUUCUAGUUUUGCUCAGUUGCUGUGUUUUUCUUUGAAAUGAUCUAAUCAUUUGAUAUCCCUGACACGUUGGCUGGAUUAUAGUAGAAGCAAAAAAAAAUUUGUUGUAAUUUUCCUAGGGGAAUUUUGUAACAUUAAAGCACAAAUAUCGUCAGAUUGUACCUUGGCGUUGUUAAUUUGCGUUGGGUCAAGCACCGACUACAGCUCGUUAUAAGUCUUUGGGGUUGUUUAUUGGCUCUCCCUGAUUGCAAGGCUGACUGGGCCAUGAGACUCAACGAGGCAGUCACCUAGGAUGGCAUAUGCUUGGGAAUGGCAGAAAGGACCGGAUGGGAUAGUUGUGAACUGUGUGGCUUGCCGAGAGAUUCCUUGCCUACCGAAUGCUUUUCGGUGCUGUGGGAGACCAGGUUCCGUUUCCUGUGUCGGAAAUCAUAUUCAGUCCAGUCAGGUUUGGGGCACAGGAUGGAAAGCAGGUGCCAUCUUGUUCUUUAUUUCAGGCAGCAAAAUAUCUUUGUUUCAACCAGCCUUGUCAAA